GGGGGGGAGUGAUUCUGGCAGCUAAAGAAUAAUUGCCCAGAUCCUUCAUCUCUGAGCUGCCACUGUGAUAGUAGCGGCAGAUCCCCGGGCAGAGACAGCCACCGUCUGACCUCUCUCAUCUACUUUCUGGAGGAGAGCCAGGGAGCAGAGGCAGCAGCAUCCAGCGUGCUUCCCAGAACACAGGGGGUGUGAUAGGGAGACAAGGAGCACAGAGCGGGGACUCUCACUGGCACAGAGUGUGGAGACGGAGAGGGUGCCUGGGAGCUGCGUCCUGCUGAGCCUGGGAACUGCGCUCUGCACCUGGGAGCUGCACCUUGCGCCUGGGAGCUGCGCCUCGCGCCUAGGAGAAUUGCGCUCUGCACCUGGAAGCUGCGUCCUGCUGCGCCUGGGAGCUGCGUCCUGCUGCGCCUGGGAACUGCACAUUGCGCCCGGGAGCUGCGUCGUGCGCCUAGAAACAUUGCGCACAGCCUCACCAGUCCCCAGGCUGGACCCGCACCACCAAAGACCUGUCUGGGAAUGGUUUGCACCCCCCUGAUCCAGCUGAGACCCCCCCAGGACACCGCUGGCAUGAUACGGAUGUAACCCCAGCUGUGGUCACUGCUAUGGUUUGGAUCCCCCCUCCUGCCUUGGAGUAUAGGAUUUGGGUGAGGAUGCAUUUAUACACCGAGUCAGGGUUCGGGAAGAGAAACCCCCUCUGCUCAAAGGUGAUUCUCUAGUGGACAGAUGAGAAGAAAAGGAUGACUAGCUGGGCCAACCACUUUCUCAACGUUCUCAUCUUGCUUCCCAUAGUGGUGUCUGCAAAAGCCUCCUCAGCACACUUCAGAGUCUGUGAGCCGUAUACAGACCAUAAAGGACGAUAUCACUUUGGAUUCCACUGUCCUCGCCUUUCAGACAACAAGUCCUACAUCUUGUGCUGUCACCAUAACAACACAGUCUUCAAAUACUGCUGCAAUGAGACAGAGUUCCAGAACGUCAUGCAGAUGAAUCUCACUAUGGGUGCAGAUGGAUAUAUGCAUAACAACUACAGCGCACUGGUCGGAGUCUGGAUCUAUGGGUUUUUUGUGGUGGUCCUGCUGGUCCUGGAUCUGAUGUAUUAUUCAGCAAUGAACUAUGACAUCUGCAAGAUGUAUCUCGCGAGGUGGGGCAUCCAAGGCAAAUGGAUGAGGCAAGGACAGAGGCAGUGGGACAAAGCGGCACAGGAGCCAUGCCAAGCACAGACUCACCCUCAGAUGGCACAUGCUGUACACACUUUAAAGGGAGAUACUGUUAGUCCAACACUGAUGUCCUUUCAGACUUCUACCGCCUGAAUAACUACAGUGCCUAAAGAUGGGAGAAGAUCAUCACCCCGGUGAAAGCCUGUAUCAGGAAUGAGAGUCGUGAUGGGAGGAUGACUGGAGUGGAAUGACAUUUAUGAUUGUCACACGAGUUUGGCGGGAUUGACUCCCACUGUUAUCGGGGUGAACUCUCUAGCUGUUUGUAAGCAAUAUUUUUAUCUCUAGUGGGAGAAGAUUAUUUUUAAAACGGACUGGUCGUCACUUCUAACAAGGAAUAGAUGGACAAUGCAAGCUUGCCCUGCAAGGUCGUACAUGAAGCGUACCGGAAAGGAUUGGGACCAUUCGAUAAAGCAAUGGCGGGCACUGAUGAUCCGCCUUCUCUGUUCUUUUGUUGUCAAGUACCUAGUCUCUGUGUCGGGCUAUUAGGUGUGAGCUAGCCACCCGUUCACUACCAAAAAAAGAUAUUUUAUAUGAGGUACCCCUAAUGUAAGUUCUAAUAAGUGCUUUUACACAGAAUUCUACGGCAACGUAUCAUAUCCGUAUACUCGUAUCGUACAGGACGCAAUGUUUCCUAACAUACAUAAAUGCUACUAAUACAGUUUUCCAUGGUUAUCACUUCUUGCAAGCAGUGAUGAUGUCAUCACUUAGAAUGAUGGGUGAUGACAUCACCACUGGCCUAUUUUAUAGAAAUGGUAUUUACGGAAGGUUCACCGGAGAAUUUUUUAGCCCCACUCUCUUUGCACAUAAAUUCUGUCAUGUCAGACUUACAGUUAUAGAUUGCCUGACAUCUGAUUGGUAGCUACGGAUGACGGCACAAGACAUGGCCUGACUGCUUUCCCCGGCUGUGGUCGCACGUAUCACACAUGCGUAUUAUGCCCAAAAGCCUUCAGAAGAGCUGUAUUGGUUCUGCACGUUGUGAGCUAGAAUUUCGAGGAUGAAUUUCAAGGAUGAGGUAAUGAGAUAUUGGUCUGAUUCAGGGAUUGGUGCAAAUGCCGCUGCAGCUGUGAGUUUGUACUCAGCGGCUGUGCGAAAAUAUGUAAAUGUCAUAUCUACUGGGACAUGUAUUGAGAUGAUCACUGGAGGCAUCUCAGAUGCCCAAUUGGCUGGUAUUUGACCUUCUGAUUAAUCCUGUGGCCUUGCAGACCAGGUGACGGAACUGAGACGCCGGAGUCAUACUGACUGCAUAUGGGAUCACAGUGACGGACAGUUACACGCCCCAAAACACGCUGCGAUCGCUCCACUGUGUAAACCAUCCACAUUGCGCUCAUCUCUGAAUCAGGGUCACUGUGCGUUCCAAAGGAAGGUUCUACUACAAGGAAUGAGCUAGGGAGCAAACCUUAAUAUCCAAUUCCAAGUUCUACCCAUUCCCUCACUAGUUCCACCCAUUUACAGCUCUUUCCUAAUAAACAAACCCAGUUUGCUGAAGCCGCACCUACGUCAUCUGCAAAUGUUCUAGUUUUCUUAUAACUCCAACAAAGGUUGUCCAUCAAAGCUUUUACCAUUGUUGGUUGAUGGUUUCUAACCAUUGUCAUGAAGCCACUGAUGGUCAGCCUUUGCUCAUAUGCAAAUGGAAAGUGACUCUACAUGCACACCAGAAAGGAUACUCGGAAAAUAACCACGACCCCAACUCACCCAUUUGAUCUGGUAAAACUAUCACCAAUGGGCGUAGAUCUUUGAUGGUUGUGAACCAUCAACUGUUAAUAGAAAACCUUAAUUCCAACAGCGAAGAGCAUAGUUGGUUGGUUCCCCAGCACCUUCGCUAGAACAGAAUACCUCUAUUGUAAAUGGUAUUCUUCUGAGCAGUGGAAGGGAAACAGGAACAGUAUACACAUAAACUCUUGACCACAGCGGGAAAGCACAGGUUUGAUGUCACUUAUUUCUAUAUGGGAUAGAUUUACUAAAACGGAUAACUGUAGUAACGAAUCGGAUUCUAGUUAACAUGUUUGAAAAUGUGUUAAAUAGAUUCUAACUAUGUAGAAUUUAAUUGGUUACUAUGGGCAACCUCUACUUUUCCCAUGUAGAAGUUUCGGUAAAUCUACCACUACCACAAGUCUCCAGUAGGGGUUCUUGCGUUCCUGUAUUUGAGUUCCAAGUACACUGUAUAAAGCCACAAGUGCCCUGAUUAAUACAAUGGUAAUAACGUUUGCUAUACUAGAAACAGAACAUUUCCACUUCUGACUGUAAUCUUUGUGUUUCUAUUAUGGUGUGUCCAGUACCACAUUCCACCAAAGCCUGGAGGGAAGGGCAUUGUAAAUGGCUCACUCCUGUGAGUGUUUAAUAAAAACCAGUUAUGUCCUAAUACAUAAUGACUGCAACCUUUAUCAGGUAAUAUUCUAUCAUAGAUCUCUUUCUAAAAAAAUAAUGUUUCCCAGGUUGGGUGUAUUAUUGUAUCACUGUCAUCUCCAAGAUUAAUUUGUAUAAUUGGUGUCCUGUACCUAAGCCUAGAAAAUAAAUCCUAGUACUUUA